AUCGUAUUUCGCCCCUGAAGGAAUCGGAUAUACUUUUGGUCGCAUCCCCAUCGCUGGCUGUGACUGCUCCACCAGGACCUACUCCUAUGAUGACGUGGAAGGAGACGCUGAUCUUGUACACUGGAAUCUUACUUUUGAGGAUUAUGAUUAUAAAAUUCCUUUGAUCCUGCGAGCUCGAGAAAUGACGACAUACCCACUGAAGAUGUUUGGUUCGCCCUGGUCCUCCCCAGCCUGGAUGAAGACUAACGGCAUGUUCAACGGGUCAGGAAUACUGAUACCCGAGUAUUGGCAACCCUGGGCCAAUUAUAUCGUUAAGUUUGUGGAAGCUUACGAAGCUGAGGGAGUUGAACUAUGGGGUCUCACUCCACAGAAUGAGCCUCUCGGUGGCCUUACUGAUUGGGCCAUUAAUGCUAUUGGAUGGUCGGCUGAAUCAAUGCGAGAUUGGCUUAAAGGUUACCUGGGACCCACACUGGAGGCUGCUGGCUACCGUCACCUCAAAAUGAUGAUACAUGACUUCAACAGAGACUCGUUGCCUUGGUACGUCGAGCCAAUGCUCAAUGACCCAGAAUGUGCGCAGUACGUCGAUGGAACAGCUAUCCACUGGUACGCAGACCGAAUAAUUGGCCCAGAAGUUCUUGAUGAGACGCAAGCUCUGUCUCCAGAAAGAUUCCUUCUUUACACAGAAGCCUGUCAUGGCAAUGAGGGGGGUUCAGAAUUAAGUGUGAUCCUUGGUUCAUGGGAGCGCGCUGAGGAUUACGUCUACUCCAUGCUCGAUGCAGUGAACCACUACUCCACGGGCUGGGUGGACUGGAACAUGGCUCUGGACAUUCUGGGAGGACCCAACUGGGCUAACAAUUUCCUCGACUCUCCCGUCAUCGUCGAUACUGAAGCGAACGAGUUUUACAAGCAGCCAAUGUUCUACACUAUUGGUCACUUGAGCAAGUUCGUGAUCCCUGGUGCUGAGCGUAUCACUUGGACGACACAGCGACACAUUGAGGUGGCUGCCUUCAAUGACCCGUCAGGCCGCACCGUCGUCGUUAUUCUCAACAAGAAUGAUGUGGAAGAAGACUUGACCGUAACAGAUGGGUCUGAAAAUUUCCUUAACUUCCAGAUACCUGCCAAAGCUAUUCCGACUAUCCUGUACUAGUAUACUGCAAUACCCAUCAAGAUCCCAUCGAAAAAAAAUCUUCCAGACGAUUUCCUCUGAAAAUAUAAAAAAAAAAAAUUUGUCUUGAUUCACCAUUGACUUCUAUAAGAUUAUGCAGACAAAUAUACAUUCUUAGCCUACGUGUACGUGUGGGUUAAUAAUUAUAUAUAGUACCACUUAUUCAUCACUUCUGUCGUAUUUUAAUAGUGACUUGUUCCUAUCAGAUAACUUUCAUAAGACACCUAACA